AUGAAAAGAUAUAGAAACAAGAGACUUGAUAAGCUUGUUUUUGUUUUAGUACAUGAUGUUGAGUAUUAUCUCACCCAAGAAUACAAACGCGUCAUGUCAAACAAUGGUCCAAUGAGUUCUUUUACUAGACAACAAAGAAUACGUGAGAUGGAAGCUGAAGAAGUCAACGAUGAUGACAGGGAAAUGAUGAUUGUUGCUCCUGGUACUGCAGAAGAUGUAAAUUGGCAAGUUUCGUCGUUUGUAAAUGAAAAUACAGCAUAUGUCGUUCAAAUUGCAGAGCCAAACUUGAUUAUUUCGUGCACCUGCUUUGAUUAUCAGCAAAGAUAUAAACCUUCCACAAUCACACCAACUAUCAGUUGUACAUCUGCUUUUAUACAGCAAUGUAUUGAUAUCAAUCAAACACUUUGGUAUGCAAACCAAGAUCUACUGACUAUGCAACAGUAUAUGACUGAAGAUGAUGGUCAGACUUUGUUUGAUGCAUAUCAACGCUCUCUACAAGUCUUUCAGUCUAUGAAAAACAAAUAUGAAGUUCAUCUUCGCAGAUCUCAUACACAAGAAUCAAAUUAUAACUAUCUAGCUUUUUUCUCAAAGAAAUGUUUUGUAAAUUGA